CUGCUCGCACUUUCUUCAGCAGGAAUUGUUUUACAGACGCCAUGAGUAAGUCGAGCACACUGAAAGUAAAGGGCUUGUUUAAAUUGCAAUCACCUGAAAAGGACAGCAAGGAGCUGAAACAGUCGGGCUCCCUCAAAGAUGGGCCAGCGACCAGCACUCGAGACAAGCCGGAGACCCUACCGACGAGCCCCGGUCCCCUCAGCCCGGGAGACAGCGCCACAUUGGCCGGUGAUGUUUUACCCAUUUCCCCGAAAGCAAAGAAGGGGAAGCGGCUGUUGCCGUUCAGGCUGAAACGGAAGAAGUCCAAGCGCGAGGAAAAGGGAGAGGUGUUCCUCCCCGACACUGAUGAACUGGACAGCUUCAACAGCUACCGGAGCUAUGACCAGAUGAGUGUAUCAACAGAGUGCAGUUUCCAGACUGAAUCGGACUGGGACCCUCAUUCUGAGUCCACCUCUAUGGUUAGCUUUGACAUGACUCAGCCAUACAGCCCUACUUCGCCCUCUAAAUUCUUUAAGUCCUUUCAGAAUUCGGAGGAAAAGAGGGGGGGAGUGUUGCAUCGCCUCAGCAAUUUCUUCAACUCCAGGAGAAAGAAAAGCAGUAGUAGGCAGCAUUCAGACGCCUCCGCCAAUGCAAGUUCGCCAGCAUCCCCCUUAUCUUCACGUUCACUCCAGUCUCAAGGGGAGUAUGGGCUAAAGACUCCAACUCCAUCUCAAAAAGACAGUGAGCUGACAGUGCCUCAUUAUGCACAGGCUAGAGUGGAAACAGAGCAUGGUGAGACCCUCAGCCAAAGUUCUAAUCGCAGUGGCUCAAGCAUGGCUUCUCUGCUGACAUCUGAAGCAGAGCUCCCAUUUGCAGAUAGUGAUAGCAGCAGCCAAAGCAGUGUGAGGCAGGUACAUGUGUGCAGGGUCAGCACAGCCAGCAGUGAAAGGAAUUCUGGGAAUUUGACACCCACCACUCUGGACCUUGCUAUUACAACUCAUCCAAGUGCUGAUUGUAGCUCAGAACCAGGCUUUGCAGAGUCAGUGGUGGAAGAAGUAAGCAAGAGGCUGCAGGUUAGCUUGGAAGAAAGCAUCCUGAAGAAUACAGAGGAUUCCAGUGAGGAUAAUGCAGUUAAACAGACCAGUUUAGUCUGGUCCAAGACAGCUUUCCCGCUUUCUAAGACAACUGAGGUCCCAGAGUCACAUAACUUGAUCCCUAUAAGCUUAGCAUCAAAGACAACAUCAGUGAAAGUUGAAGAGAAGGGGCACAGCACUGUCCUAAGAAGAUUGACUUUUGGCCCUCAGUCGUCUACCUCACACGUCAUCAAGACUCAACUGGAAGAUGAAGACUCUCCAGACAUAUGGGAAAACUCAGGAGCUAAGAGGAGGGCUCAGGUACUCUCUUGGGAAACUGCAGCCGUGGCAUGGAACCCUUCAUCUGAGAAAGAGCAAGUACCCAGAGGUGAUUCUCCUGUCCAACUCCACAAAGCCAUAUGGGUGGAAACAACCCUGGGACAGGAGGAGGAAGGGGAGGGGGAGUGGCAGAAAGAGAAGCAUGUAAUGAAAGAAGGGGAGGAAGGCUUCAGAGCAGACUCGCCUCCUGUGCUGGCUAUACCUGUCACAGUAAUACCUGAGGAUGACUCAGUCACUCAGGGCACUGCAGACAGCCCUUCUACCUGCUCGGAGACUUUACCAUACAGUGGCAGCUUAUCAGAAUCAGCCAUCUCCUUCGCACCGACUACAGGGCAUAUCCAAACAGCCUCACCGCAGCCAGAUGGUCUUGACACUGGCUGGUCCUCAAAGCAAACUUCACUUCAGGAGAAACGUAGAUCCAGAGAAAUUCGUGUUACACGCAAGACUGUAAAUCUGCCUUCAAAACACAAGGUUUUCCCCCAGACAGUGUAUGUUGGCCUGGAGCCAAGUUUGGAUGGGAACAAAUCAGAGAGAGAAAAGUACAGCAGAGAUACAGCUUCAGAGACUUUAGACACAACACAAGCAAAAGCACUGCCAAGCUUCCAAAGCAAAACUGUGGAGGAAGGCAUCCUUGAGCCAUUUCCAACAACAGAUGAGACUACACAUUCUGAGACAAAUACUCCUGAACCCCUAGUUGAAUUAAAAAUAGACUCUGAGGCCUCUGAAUUUGAUGACACCUCUGCAACCUCACACAUGUACAAAGCAAAGUCACAAGUGUUGAAGUCAGGGGUAAGAGGUCAAGGGACUAACCAAGCUAUUCCCUCUAAACUAAGGGUCGAAACAGUAUCAGAAAGUCAGCAUACCACAGCAAGUGGAGCAAAGAUCCCAUCCUCAGCAGCUGGCAGCAAGACCAAAAAUGUGACAGCAAAGGAUAAGGCCUCCAAAGAGAGCACGAAAGUGGGAACCAGUGGUCCCUCAAGUGCAACAGGUUCAAAGUCUAAAAUCCCCAAAAGGUCAGCAUCAGAUGCUGAGGUGAAAUCAUCAAGAACACCAGAUAAAACAUCAGUAACUGAUGCCUUUGGAUCAUUGGUCAAUUCUAAACUGCAGAAACAACCCAGAACCAAAGAAUCUAUGAAAUCUCUGAUCACUACAACCAAGACUGACACGAAACCAAGUUUUGAAGAAGCCAAGGGAGGGAAAGCUCUGUCAGGAGAUAUUUCUCCCACAAGAACAACUCACAGUUCAGGAUCAAAGCAUAUCAAAGAAAAGUCAGAUGAGCACAGUGACUCUAUAAACCUGGUAAGUGGCAUGGAGAAAGACAAUGAGGAGAUUAAAACAGGAAGCCCAACUGACAGGAAGAACCUAGGUGUCAAAAAACAAGGGCAAGACCGUCUGGAGAAUAAUGCAUCCUUGGCAUCAAAUAGUCAGUUGCCCAUUUCAUCUCCAACAACAAAGAGGAACAGUGACAUAACUGAAUCAAGUGGCUCCCUGUAUAGAAAAAUUACAUCCAAUCUGACAGACUCAGAAGGCAAGGCAGUCCGAAUGCUGAGUCCAGAGAAGCAAGAAGUAACUCCUGCUGAGAGAUCUGGUGAAAGUCCCAAGAAAGGAAGCAUCUUGUCACCAAGACAAUCCAAACACCAAUCUAAAAGAAGCAUUAGUCACAAAGAGAUUGACACACCCUUCUUGUGUGUCUCUCCAUCUCACACUAAGCAAGAGAAAAUGGUCCCAUCGAUGCUCUCCAAACAAAGCGACAUCAAACACAACAAAAGUGCAGUCAAGGAUUCAGCUGAUCUAUCAUCAUCUGUAAGUAAGCUUCCCACAAGAGGUCAGAGAAGCUCCAACAAAGCAAACUCCAAAAACAGCUCACCUCCUGAGGAUUCUCCCAACACAAAGCAAGUGAAGGACAGUGACAGAUUUAAAUUCAAGUCUCUGUCUACAGAGCAAGAAGAUAAUCAGUCCAGUAUCAGUGAGAUCAAACUGAAAGAAAAAAGUACAAGAGAUGAGGAAUUACAGAUGAGCAUAACCAGUCCUACAACUGAAGAGAUGUCAAAAAUCCAACCAGUUCAAAACAACAAUGCUAUUAUUACAGAGGACACUAAAGCAAAAGUUACACCAGGCACAGGCCCAGGAACUAAGGUAUUUCCUAGGAGUGAGGUUGUCAAGGCAAGUCCUUCUCAGUUGCCAGUUACUGAUGUAUAUAAGUCUGAGGCCGGUAGCCAGGGAGGACAGUGUGAGAGCAAACAACAAACAAAAGUUGAGUCUCCACCUGAAGAUGUACCUCAUAUUCAACGUGACAACACCACACAGGAACAGGAAACACCAAGUAUUUGUCCAGAAGAUGUAAAGGAGAAAGACAUUUUAGAGACAACCCAGCUAAUAAGUAACAUUAAACUAGAUUUAAUCCAGGAGAAAAGCUUUGCAGAACCAAAUUCUGCAGUGUUAGCUCAGGACUCAAUACCAGCUCAUGAGGACAAAACGGAUAUGUCGGCCAAACCUGUUUUGGUUGACAGUAUUCAGGGUGAAAUAACAACAUACUCAAAUCAGGACAGUGUUAUACCUGGUACUGUUUCCCUUAAAAAAACCAAAAAGGUCACUUCUAAUGAAUAUGAUACCAGAAAUAGUCUUCCUGUUAAUUUGGCCUCAAGAGACCAAGAUGCUGAGCCAAACGAUGUACCUUUAUCCACUUCAGUUGAUUCUAACCUGACCAGCAAGGAGCAGCAAAAUGAUUUAUUGAAGGAUCAAACCACAAAUGUCAUUCAUGAAAAUGAUGGAUCGCCCCCAUUCAGCCGAAAUUUAGUAAAAGAUUUUGAGGUAGAGGAGGAAAGUAAAGAGGGGAAAAAAGUAGAGGCUUUGGACAUUCAAACUGAGACUGUGACUGUUUUUGACUUGCCCAAGAAUGUUGUUCAUCAGCUACACAAAGAGCCUCUUUUACUGGCACAAGAAAUUGAGAGACUGGAGAAAGACUCAAAACCAAAUGAAAGGCUGGAUGAUGCAGUGGUGGAAAUCACUGACUUACAGAACAGUUGCAAAAAGGAGCUCAAGGGUAUAACUGUUGAGGAUGAUGCAGAGAAAGACAUUACAAAACCAGAGAAAACAACACAUCUAUUAUCAGAGGAGCAAUGUUCACAGCCCGACACAGAGAAGGAUCCACAGAUGGUACGUACAGAUGCCCUUGAAGAGAAGAACACUGAGACAGAGCAAGCAAGAAGUGCACUCCAUGAAAAUACAGCCAGUGUGGUCAAUACACAGCAGGAAUGGGCAAUGCUCUCAAAAGAAAAUGCAGAAAGUGUGAAUAAGGAAACAGGUCAGCAGAUAGCAGCACCAACAGUGAAAAAUGAACAGAAACCUGUUGAUCUUCUAACCAAAAAUGAGGAGGUCAGGGAUAAUGAAUCACAUCAGGAGGAUAAUCACACUGAUGUCGCAAAAGAGAGGCAAACUCCAGAACUAAAAGCCUUAAGCAUUAAAACUCAAAGGUCUGAAGGCACUAAUGAAAAGAGUGACACAAGGGCGUUUGACAAGAAUUUUCCAAAUGAGUUUUCAAAUGAGGCUGCUGACACUGAAGUUAGUAGACACAAGGACCAGAACACCUCAAUUGCUAGAGAUCAAGAUGAGGACAUUAAAAAGACUGAGGAAAAUGCUUGUAUAUCAGCACAAUCCGAAUGUCCAAAUGCCAACCUUGAGCAGCAAACUGAGACAGAAAAAGCUCCAGAGAAGACAACAGAAAGCCAACUAUUACAAAGGGAUGUAGCUCGAGAACUAAAUGAAACCCAGAGUACUGAAGGUGCUAAAGGAGAAACUGAAACCAUGGAUUUGUCUGUAAAGGGUUUGGUGAAUGAGACUGCAAUUGUGAGUGCUAACAGAGAAGUUUGUAUCCAACAAGACCAGAAAUCCACAAUUGGUAGACACCAAGAUGAGGGCAUUACAAACCCAAAGAAAAUCAAAUCAAAAAAAUCCAAAUGUCUAAAUACUAACCUAGAACAGGAACCAAGGACUAAAGCAAAAGAAUCUCUAAAGAUGAAAGAAGACAAAACAGAUAGUUGUUUGAAAAAGGGACUACAGACCUUAAGAGAGGAGAAAAUCAUAAACCUCGGUGAUCCACAAAAGCCUGCAAAGCAAACACACAAUAACAGUUCAUUACUCUCAGCUGCAGUGAAACCAUCCACUCCAUCUCAAAGUCUUCAGCUAAAGAAGGAAUCCCCGUCUAGCUGGUUAAAUGUGGAACAUCAUCAAAAACAGAAAAAGGAAUAUAAAAGAAGAGUAGAUGCAUCAGCCAGUGAGGAUGAAUCUCUUGAGCCUGAUGACUUUGAUGAUUUUAUCAGAAGCAUUAAGGAGGGCAGCAUUCCCUUCUCACUACCUCCAAAGAGGCAUAUACACAAAAAGUCCCCAUCGCCAUCUUUUGCCAUGCCAGCAAUCAAGGAGGACCAUUUUGAGAGAACUUUUGAUCCAGAAGAAUUCCAAUUUGGUUUAAGAAAAAAUGGCAAAUGUUUUAGGGAUCCUUCCCCAGCUAUGGUGCUUAAACAAAAAGCAGCUAAGAGGGAAGGACGUACCAUGGAAAAACGUGCACAGGAUAAUGCCAUAUACAUAGCUGAAGACCAAAUGAAAUCACUUGAUGAGGUGGAAGGACAAGAUGGAGUCAAAGAGGGAACAAAUAAUGAUGCAGGAAAAGAAGAGCCACACAACAAUGGAGAAGGGCCCGGGAAACCGAUGUCACGACUUGGAAGGAUCUCCAUUCUCUCCAGCUUACUGAGUUCUCCUCGGUCCAAGAGGACCAAAGAGGACUCUUCCUCUGCCUCAAAUAGCACACUUUCAUCUCAUGGCACAGAUGAAGGCCCACUUAUGGGUGAUGGUACAGGUAUAGUCAGUGAGUCAUCACUCAGCCAAUCCUCUCCUCCUCCUCUGCCCUUGUUGCCCUUGUCAGAAGCAAAGCUACCUGAUCAUUUAGAGAAAUAUCUCAAGAGGAACAAAAGAGAAUCUGAGGCCGACCAGAGCUCGGAACAGAUGACUAAAAAUAAACUGAAUCAUAACGGGAGUGCUGUGAGAGACCAGGCCUUGAUAGCAGGGGCAACUAAUGUGGGCCUGAAGGAGCUUGUGGGACUGCCUCCAACUAACCACGACAGCCAGCAGACUUCACAAAAUGGACUUUCUACGUCGAAGACUAGGAUACCUGCAGCAAGAGGGUUCCACAAAAGGCCUGGAAAGAUUGUCAUACAUGAACAUGCCCAUUUUGGAGGGGAAUGUUUUGAACUCUACUCUGAUGUAGAGGAUGGCACCACAAUGAAGCUGUCCUCUGUCAUCUCAGUCAGCGUCAUCAGAGGAUGCUGGCUCCUCUAUGAAAAACCUGGCUUCCGAGGUCGUAUCAUUGCCCUUGAGGAGGGUCCCACAGACCACAUAGUGAAUAUGUGGGCAGAAGAAACUUUAGACCAGAUGGGUCAGCCUGUACUAAAUGUGCCUAUGGUCAUAGGUUCUAUCCGAUUGGCAGUCAGAGACUAUAGCAUACCCCGAAUUGACCUGUUUACAGAGAUAAAUGGGUUGGGAAGGAUGUCAUCGUACUGUGACGACACUGUAGAGAUUGGCUCUUUUGGGAUCCCACAGACCACUGGCUCCAUCAAGGUCCAUUCUGGAGUCUGGUUGGUGUACACUGAUCCAGGGUUUGGGGGUUUUGUAGGAAUGCUGGAAGUUGGGGAAUAUCCCUGCCCUGCAACCUGGGGUUUCCAUGAGCCCUUCAUAGGCUCUCUCAGACCCCUCCGAAUGGGAGCGAUAAGGGUGGAGCAUCCUAAUGAAUUUAAGGCCUUAGUGUUCGAGAAGCCCAAUUUUGAUGGAGCCUGCAUAGAGGUUGAUGACAACAUUUACAACUUGCAAGAAGAACCAGAAGAGAAAGAAAAAGGCAAACCAGAUGAGAUCAAGAAAACAAUAUCCACAGUGGGAUCUAUAAAGAUACUUUGUGGUCUCUGGGUGGGCUAUCAAGAGGCAGACUUCCAAGGCCAGCAGUACAUCCUCGAGGAGGGCGAAUAUACUCAUUGCAGUGACUGGGGAGGAUCUGACGACAGCCUCCUGUCACUUCGACCUAUAUGUACAGAUUUCCUGUCACCCCAUGUUAAGCUGUUCAGUGAGCGGCACUUUGAUGAGCUGGGGCUCAACCUUGACUUGUUGGGUGCCGUUCUCAACAUGGAGGAUGUUGGUUAUGGUGUGAAAACUCAGUCUGUCAAUGUCAUGAGUGGAGUGUGGGUGGGCUUUGAGAAGCCUGGAUUCAAUGGUGAGCUCUACGUCCUGGAGAAAGGUCUGUAUGCAAGUCCAGAGGACUGGGGAGCCCUAAACUCCAAGAUUUCAUCCAUACAACCCAUUUUCCAUGACACACUGAUGGGAAAAACGAAAUUCAAGGUGCAGCUGUAUUCUGAGCCAGACUUCCAGGGAAGGCUGGUGGCUCUGGAGGACAGUACAGCAGCUCUGGAUGAGGAGUUCAUACCCAGGUCCUGUAAGGUGCUGGCUGGCAGCUGGGUUGCAUAUGAAGGAGUCCAGUUCACAGAGAAUAUGUAUGUGUUGGAGAAAGGUGAAUAUCCCAACACAGAGGCCAUGGGCUUCCUGUCCUCAGACUCUACCGUCCGCUCCAUACAGACCACUGGACAUGAGCUUUCUCUGCCCUCCAUCAUCUUGUUCAGUAAGGUGGGCUGUAGAGGUCGCAGAGUGGUGUUGACAAAUGGAGCUGUGAACCUGCUGCAGGCAGGCCUGGAUGCACGCAUACACUCCCUGGUGGUGGAGGGAGGAAUGUGGGUGUUGUAUGAAGGUAGUAAUUACUGUGGUCGACAGCUGCUUCUCCGGCCAAGUGAAGUGACUGAUUUGUACAAGUUCAGCGGCUUGCAACGAAUAGGAUCCCUACGUCCGUUACUUCAGAAGCAGAUGUACCUACGUCUGCGACACAGGGAGACAGGAUGUAUGAUGUCUCUGACAGGAACUUUCGAUGACAUCAAGCUGAUGAGGGUUCAGGCUGUGGAGGAGACAGGAGGGGAAGAACAGGUCUGGCUCUAUCGGAACGGGCAGCUUACCUGCAAGCUGGUGGAGGAGUGUUGCCUGCAGACCACAGGGAGUGUGGUGAUGGUGGGCAGCAGGCUUUGUAUUUCCCCAGAGCGAGGCAAAAACAACCAGCUGUGGAACAUCACCCCAGAUGGCCUGGUGCGCUGCCACCUCAAACCUGACCUGGUCCUGGAUGUGAAAGGUGGUCAUCAGUAUGGUAAGAACCAGGUGAUCCUCAACAUGUUUGAUGAGAAAAAAUUGAACCAAAGAUGGACCUUGGAGAUCCUGUGAUCUGAUGAGCCUCAACUCUGCAGAAAUGCUCUGUGGUGGUCUUCAUACUGUAGCCCUCUACUGCAGCUCUGUCAUGCAGGUCCACAACACAGAGAUGGGCCCAUUGGGGGUUUUGCACAAACGCUGCACUCUUUUGUAGUAUUUAGACUCUUCUGUACUCCUGUUGAGGAGGGUAAUCAUUGACUGGAUCAGCAUUAUUACUGUUAACCAUACUUUGAAAAAUGUGCACACACACAGUGUUUGAUGGAAUAGGGAUUUCUCUUUUUCUGAAUGAAUGAGUAGUGCUAAAAUUUUACUUAUUUUUAGCCAGUUGAUUUUCGCACACUAUAUACCAAAGACUUCAUCCACCCUCUCUAUGUUGUCAUAGCAUGUAGUGAGAACUCAGCCCUGUUUCAAUGCUGCAUACCUCUGUUUACUUUAUGGUACUUUUCUACUGCAUGUCUGCUUUCUGAUCAUAAUGUUGGUAAAUAAAUGAAUUUAUACAGUAUAUUGACCGGUGCAGUAUGGAGUCUGAUAUGCCUACACUUCAUAGAUUUCUGUAGAAUAAAAUGUUUUCUUUUUGUAAUUACUGUACAUCAAAUAUUAUCAAGUUGCUUUUAUAACUUUUUAGGAUUUUACACAAACUGUACUUUACUGCAGUAGGUUCUAUAGAAGCAUCAAGUGUAUAGAUUUGAGGCUAAAUUUCAAAGCAGAACUGCAAUAACAAUUCUGCCCACUGUUGAUUGUAUAUAUGUGAACGUAAGAAAACUGUUACACAUGAAAAUAAGAAUGUGAUUUUCUUUCUUGUGUGUUCUUCUUAUUUCUUGAAAAUAAAACAUUGUCUUUAUGUUUUAUUUACCUGCUGCUGUGAAAGUAAGAAUAAUUUCUCUGACAGUCAGGUGACUUGCUCCAUCUUCCGUGGAUUCGGGGUAGAAUUGCUUUCACCAGAGCAAGCUGCUACUUUUGCCACAAACCACUUGGUAUGAUCUGGACACUGUUUUGUUUUCUUUUUUUGGGGGGGGAGGGGACUUGUUUUUUCAUCACCACUUCAAAUUCAAUAAAAUGUGUACAAACCAAAAGCAGAAUAAAAUCAAAUUUCUUCCAAUGUCUAGUCUCCUGCAUCUGAAAUAGAUGGAGAAAAUGAUAUGGACAGGAAGUAACAGUAUGAAACACCUCAGCGUGUAAAUGGCUCAGACAACAGCUACGUUUUCCCAGCACUGUCAAAACAUAUACAGUCAGUUCCCCCCC